UCAUUACUGUUAUGCAUGUUGAUGUUUAAUAAUGGACCAGACACAUUUAUCCCGGAGUUCGGUCGCGUAAAUAGCGUCACAUCCUCUUCCUUAUGCAGUUUUUAGGGGCCUACAAGAAACGAAAAGAAGGUACAUGUAGCGUCUUUGUCGCGUUUUCAACCUAUUUACAGUAAACCUGAAGCUGUUGCAGCUACUCAACAAAUAAGAGCAAAUAAUCGGUUUUCAUCGAUACUGCAGACGCGAAUCUCAAAAUGCAGCUGUCCGCAGCAGCAGCCGCAGCCCACAGUGAAACCAGAGAGAUGCCUGCAGCAGAGAACAGUCAUGCACAGCGUGUUCUGUCCACCCUGAACCAGCAGAGGGCAGUAGGGAGGUUUUGUGAUGCAGCGUUGAAUGUGGGAGGUGGGGUGGUCUACCUGGCCCAUCGCAACAUCCUGGCCUGUUUCAGUGAACUGUUCCAACAGUCCAACAUGCUCACUGCACCAUGCAUGGAGUUCUGCCUUCAGGAGUGUCCUAAUGAUGGCCUGGAGCUGCUCCUGAACUUUGUCUACACUGGAGAGCUGAAGCUGGACCCUGACAACUUGGAUAAGGUGCAGCACGCAGCAGCCAGCCUCGGCGUACCGGAAGCACUCACCCUCUGUCAGCAGUUCAAGGAAAACUCUGAGGUUCCUGCACCUUUCAAGCGUAAAAGAGGCAGACCUAGAAAGGCUGCAUCAGAUACAACAUCUCCUUAUUCAGUCAAGGAGGAAAGCUUGCCUGCAGUCACAAGAGGUGAGUCCAGCUGUGAUACGGCCGCUGCCAGUAUUAGCAUGGCCGCCACCACUGCCUCUACCACCACCCGCUCUGGUCGUGUUGUGAAGGGUCCCAGACGACUGGUGACUGAUGAGAGCCCAACCACUGAUUGUACAGCUGAAAAAUCCAACAAGAGGCCUCUGCUUAUUCCCACGGAGAGAGAAAGUGGUGAUGUUGCCAAGGACCAAAACACAGAUCAGCCAACUAGUCAAACUAAGGAAACUGAGUUGCAGACUGAUGUAAAUGACCAUAAUGUUAGCCAGGUAACUGAGCGGGCGCAAGAAGACGAUGACGUGGGGGAUUUUGAGGGGAUCUCUGAAGACACAGAUGAGGAGUAUGUGCCUGUUGCCCAGCCCAGCUCCUUCUCGCCGUCAGCAUCAACAGCACGGAAGCGCAAGGCCCAGUGCAAAACAGACAAGAACGAGAACGGUGAGGCUGUGGAAGGAGACUCCAAAAAGGACUCAGUGCAGUGUCCCAUCUGUCGCAAAUCCUUCAAGAGCAAAUACUACCUCAAGGUCCACAACAGGCGGCACACGGGAGAGAGGCCCUUUGGUUGCCUCAAAUGUGGAAAGAGGUACUUCAGGAAGGAGAAUCUUUUGAUACAUGAGAUUAGGGACUGCGCCAGAGUCCAGACGUACGCCUGCACGACAUGCUCCUUGACGUUUAAUGGAAAAGAAGAGCUUCGACUGCACGUUGUCUCCCACACAGGAGAUAUGCCCCACAAGUGUUCAACGUGUAGCGAACAGUUUAUGCACAAGAAGAACUUGACGCUGCACAUGAUGAAGGUCCAUGGUUACCCCAAACCACAUGCAUGUGCCGAGUGCCCCAAAACCUUCUUAACUCGGACAGAGCUGCGUGUGCACGAAGCAGCCAAACAUCGAGGCGAAAAGCCGUUUGUGUGCGAGGAGUGUGGCCAUCGAGCUUCUAGUCGAAAUGGCCUGCAGAUGCAUAUCAAAGCCAUCCACAGAAACGAGCGGCCUUUUGUAUGUAACUUGUGCGGCCAUGCGUUCUCCCAGAAGAACAACUUAAACAUGCACCUGCGCAUACACAGCGGCGAGAGGCCGUACCAGUGUCACCUCUGUGGCAAAACCUUCAGGACCCAAGCCAGUCUAGAUAAACACAACCGGACACACACCGGUGAGCGUCCUUUUAGCUGCGAUGUUUGUGAGCAGCGCUUCACGGAGAAAGGCGCCCUCGUUCGCCACAAGGCCAGCAAACACGAGGAAGGCCGUCCCCACUGCUGUCACAUAUGUGGCAAAACCUUCAAAGCGAGGGAGCAACUUCGCGUUCAUCUGCGUCGCCAUAAGGGCAUGAGGAAGUUUGAGUGUAUAGACUGCGGCUACAAGUUCACUCGACAGGCUCACUUGCGACGACACAUUCAAAUCCACAAACGCACGGAGAACUACAACCCCCGGCAGAGAAAACUAAGGAACGUGAUCGUGCAGGAUAUGGACAGAAAUCCUGGUGAGAACAAAGCAGCAGAAGCCUCGCUGAUAGCAGGGGAGACAGAUUACGUCCCGGAGCCCGCCGAUGUCCAGGAAUCGACACACCCGGAGCCUGACUCCGGGACAGGCCUCAGCUCUGGCUGCAUAGUGAGGGUGGUGAUCGAGUCGAGCGGCGCAAUGAUGGAAGAGGUGGCGUCCAACCAAAACCUGGGACACAUCGAGGCAGCAGCACAGAGAUUCUCUGUGCCAGAAGUGUUGCAGCAAACAGGGCUGGUCACUGAGGCAUACGAGACCUCGAUGGAUAUGGAGGGAAUCGUCGCAAAUAUAUCAGAGAGAAAGACCUGAGGACCGAAAUACACUUUGUGCAACCCACUCAGAAUUCAGUUCACUUCGCGAAGACCGCUUCGUAUGCGAGAAGACGGAGGGUGAAGAAGGAACCGAAAAGCGAGCACCUGUUUUCUAGACACGAGAGAAGAGCAGCAAAUGAAUGUCGUUAGCAUAGCAAGUGAACUGCAUGGAGGCCACUCUUUUAGCUUGUCCUGUUCAGCCUCUUCAGUUUCAAAGAGUCGGUUGCCUGCCACUGUCGCAUGUUGGCACUGCUUUUUGUUUGGAUUACAGGGACAGGCCAUAUUUUGCAAGCUUCUUCCCCGUUUCCGGGCUUUGUGUUAAACCAAGCCAGCCGUCUGCUGGCUAUGAGCCCAUUUUUACCAUACUGAUGUGAUCGUGGUAUCAGUCAUGUCAUCUCUCUGCAAAACAGCUAAUAAGCAUAUUUCAUAAAAUGUCAAACUUGACACCCAUUCUCGGGCUCAUAUCAGGGCAAAUUAUGCUGAAUCUUUUCUAUGUAAAAGCCCUUGUUUAGACUUGAACAUAUAUCAGUACAAUAAAAACUGCCUAAAAUGACAGAAA